AUGCAGUUGAAAUACUCAUGGGAAGGGCAGGAUAAGAAAGGCUGUGCUACCCGGGCUCCAGCUUCCCUUGGUGCCCACAAAUGGGCCAACCAAGCCCAGAUGGCAGCAUCUCCCCAUCCCGUGUCCCCUGGCCCAACGCCACUUCCAGGAGACGACCACAAAGCCCAGCACCCACCCUGUUCUGGCCGCCCCCUGUCGUGGCCUCAAAGGUUCCACAGCCCAAAUGGCAGGACAGUCCAGGGGCUCCAAGACCGUCAGGAGCAUGUGGUACCCAUGUCACAACCCAAGACCAUGUGGCACCUGGAAGGUCUAUGCACACAGGGUUCCUCAUUCAGCUGGCUUCUCAGGAUGCUGAAUGUUGGGAUCUCUCUUGGGCUCACCCUGCGCCUGUGGGACAUGCAUUUGCUGGAAGGGGAACAGAUGUUGAUGCCGAUAACAAGCACUGCCUUUAAGGUUCAGAGGAGCCUCUAUGAAGAAACUAACAAGGAAGUAUGGGGACCUGCCACCCCCAGGAGGGCUCCAGGCACUGGAGGAGCCAGACCCAUUUGUGAGAGCCUCCACUCCUCCCUGCAAGUGCUGACAGCCUCAGAGAGCAGCAGAGGCCCCUCACUCCUGCAGACUCCUCCAAGGGUGCCAGGACAACAAGCCUUGAGCCAGGGAGACAAGGGAAUCAGUGUCUCUGACCCCUAG